GGCCAGUGGGUGUGCUGAAGGGCCUUGGAGGCGUGGUCACAGGGCUGGAAACCCGCCGGAGGGGCGGCCGGUGGCCAUAGGCCGCGUCGCGCAGGGCGGGAGGGGCACGCAUCCUAACCUGCCAGUGGACUUUGCCAGUCCUGCUACGCGCCAGGCCGGAUCCUAACCAGGCUCUCGCGCAGCCAACAGCCGGGCCUUCGGCGGCCUCUCCUGGCUCCGCGCGCCAGACCACACUCGGGGGACAGCAGAGGUGGCCUUUCCAGGGCAGGGAUUAGGGGGCAGGAUUGACACGGAUCCUUGGUUUUCCCAGGCUUCAACCACCUAAGGCGGGGCUUGCCGCUUGGAAUCCGAGAAUGAAUUACACACGGUUCAUCACGGCUGCGAGCGCGGCCAGAAAGCCUUCUGCCAUUCGAGUCAUGACUGAGAUAUUGGGCAAGUCAUCGAAAUCUGUCCUCUCCCUGGCGACUGGAGCACCAAACCCCAACACGUUCCCUUUCAAGUCUGCGGUUAUCACCAUAGACAACGGAGAGACCAUCCAAUUUGAUGAAGAGAUGAUGAAGAGAGCACUGCAGUAUUCUCAGAGUGCUGGACUCCCAGAGCUGUUAUCCUGGCUAAAACAGUUACAAGUAAAAUUGCAUAAUCCUCCCACCAUCCAUUAUCCACCCAGCCAAGGACAAAUGGACAUGUGUGUCACAUGUGGCAGCCAAGAAGGUCUCUGUAAGGUAUUUGAGAUGAUCCUUAAUCCUGGAGAUAAUAUCCUCGUAAAUGAACCUAUUUAUUCAGGAACAAUUCAUGCUCUGCAACCCCUGGGCUGCAACAUGAUUAAUGUUUCCAGUGAUGAGCACGGGAUUAUUCCAGACUCCCUCAGAGAAAAACUCUCCAAAUGGAAACCAGAAGAUUCAAAGAACCCUGAGAAAAACACCCCCAAAUUUCUUUAUACUGUCCCAAAUGGCAACAACCCUGCCGGGAACUCAUUAACAACUAACCGCAAAAAGGAAAUCUAUGAGCUCGCAAGAAAAUACGACUUCCUCAUCAUAGAAGACGAUCCUUACUAUUUUAUGCAGUUCAACAAGCCCUGGGCACCGACUUUUCUCUCCAUGGACGUUGAUGGGCGUGUCAUCCGAGCUGACUCUUUUUCCAAAGUCCUGUCCUCUGGGUUGCGAAUAGGGUUUAUAACUGGUCCAAAGCCCUUGAUCGAGAGAAUUGUUUUACACAUACAAGUUUCAACAAUGCACCCCAGCACUUUUGCCCAGCUCCUGGUAUCACAGCUUCUGUACCAAUGGGGAGAAGAGGGCUUCCUGGCUCAUGUAGACAGGGUUAUUGAUUUCUAUAGGAAGCAGAGGGAUGCA